AUGUCAGGACCCGUGCCGAGCCGGGCCAGGGUGUACACCGAGGUCAACACUCACCGGCCGAGGGAGUACUGGGACUAUGAGUCCCACGUGGUUGAGUGGGGAAACCAGGACGACUUUCAGUUGGUGCGGAAGCUAGGACGCGGCAAGUACAGUGAAGUCUUUGAGGCCAUCAACAUCACAAAUAAUGAGAAGGUGGUGGUGAAGAUACUCAAGCCUGUGAAGAAAAAGAAGAUCAAGCGCGAGAUCAAGAUUUUGGAAAACCUACGCGGAGGUCCCAACAUUAUCUCCCUCAUCGAUAUCGUGAAAGACCCCGUUUCCCGGACGCCCGCCUUGGUCUUUGAACAUGUUAACAACACAGACUUCAAGCAACUGUACCAGACCCUGACAGAUUAUGACAUCCGGUUCUACAUGUACGAAAUCCUCAAGGCCCUGGACUACUGCCACAGUAUGGGAAUCAUGCACAGAGAUGUGAAACCACAUAAUGUGAUGAUUGAUCAUGAACACCGUAAGUUGCGUCUUAUUGACUGGGGUCUGGCCGAGUUUUACCACCCGGGACAGGAGUACAACGUCAGAGUCGCCUCCCGCUACUUCAAAGGACCCGAGCUCCUGGUGGACUAUCAGAUGUAUGACUACAGUCUGGAUAUGUGGAGCUUGGGCUGUAUGUUGGCCAGUAUGAUCUUCAGGAAGGAGCCCUUCUUCCAUGGCCAUGACAACUAUGACCAGUUGGUGAGAAUAGCAAAAGUUCUGGGGACUGAAGACCUUUACGACUACAUUGACAAGUACAACAUUGAGCUGGAACCUCGCUUCAAUGACAUUCUCGGAAGGCAUUCUCGUAAGCGGUGGGAGCGGUUCGUCCACAGUGAGAACCAGCACCUGGUCAGCCCAGAGGCUCUGGAUUUCCUGGACAAGUUGCUGCGUUACGACCACCAGGCUCGGCUGACCGCACGCGAGGCCAUGGAUCACCCGUACUUCUUCCCCAUCGUGAAAGAUCAGUCUCGUGUGGCCGGAUCAGCCAACCUGCCCAGCGGGAACCCAGCUGUUAGCUCAGCUAGCAUGAUCACUGGUGAGAACAUGCACGCCAUGAAGUGAUCAAACUGUCCUGCAGCCUUGAUAAGAAAUGUAUCUCUGCCUUGCCAGCCUCCACUGCCCUGGGUCCCCUCACUGGCUCGCCAGUCCUGUCUGCUGCCACCAACGCCCUGAGCACCCCGGUGCCCGCUGCCGUUGGUGCCCCACAGUGACACUCCACCUAAAUCCACUCCCACUCUCCCCUUAAACACCACAACCAUCACCCAGUCUGGGGAAGGGGGGAGAAACUAGACGAUGUGCCACUCUGCCAGCCCUCAAAACAUCAAUCCUAACCCCCCCCCCCCCGGUGUGACCGCGCCCCAAACAAACUCCUGGCUGGAGGACGCUCUCGUCUAAGAAAAAGAAAAGACGUUUUCCCCCUUUUCCUCCUCCAAUGAACACGUUAACCUGACAUCUGAAAUGAAUGUUCUGUGUAAUUGAAAUAUACAGGUAUUCCUUUCAUUCCCCUCCCUCCCCCCCCCCCCCCCGCACACGAGUGAAUACAAAGGAGUGUGUGUUUCUGUGAGUGUGUGUGGUGAUGAGUCUGAGAGGGGUGUAUCAUCCACGGCUGAUUCGGGGUCUCAACAGCAUGUUUUUAAGUUUGGCUCGUGAAGGCAGUCGUCGAAGAGUACAUCAGCAGACGGCAAAAAAGAAAAGUGUUGGCCAUCAGGACCAAAAGGAAGCACAUCCUGUAUAGUUUACUGCUGCAACACAAACCCUGACGAGAACACAUAAUAUACCUACAUGAGUGUAAACACCCUUCAGAUCACAGCAUUUGGGAAGUGUUUGGUGCUGUUCCUGAUGCUCCAGGUGUAACACAAUGACACUUCAACACGGUCUCUGCCUGACUCGUUCUGUCUUGCCUUUUCUUACCAAACCAGAUAACCAGUCUCCUUUUUGAUAUGCGACUCCCCCCCCCCCCUGCCACGGUAUCCCUUAUUAGUUUUAUAUUUAAAUGUAUUGGAUUGCUGGACGAGUGGUUUCAAAACCCACUCUCGUGUUGUACAAUGGACGCUUAAGGAAGCCAGGUAAGGUUCAUUCAGGUUUCUCAAAGAAAUGGUUCCUCAAAACGUGCUGCUUUCCACUUCCUUGAAUUACUUCAAGUGGCUUUUCUUGAAUUAUUUCAAGACAUAACCAAAGUUUACUCCGUUGGUUUGAAGAAGAGACUGACCAAACCUAGUUUUUGUUAUGUUGGGAGUUACUCAUGGGAGACGCUGUGGCGCAAUGUGGGACGACAACAUGACGCAAAAAAUAACCCGCAGGUGACUGAAGUGCUGUUUAAGUGUUGGAGGAAAGUUCAGUUCUGUAAAGUGUAGUGACAUGGGUAAAGCUCUAGUUGACUUUCACCAACAUGUUGAGGGAAGUACUGGAAGUUGAAUAGCACUUGAAGAGUAGAGUCCCCCCUCCCCCCCAUCCCAAACCCCUCCAGUGUUUUAGUGCCAGAGUUUGAAAGUGUAAGUUUUAGACCCUGCUGUAAAUAUGCAUCUCUUUCUUUCUUUUCUUUUUUUUUUUUUUUUCAUCUGACAACCUGCAAAUGCAAAUAAAUCUGAACAUGUAUACAAUGACCUGAGAAUGGAGCAGUUUGAGUCCCUACAUCACUGUAUAUAUUUUUAUGUCCUUAUGUAGAAGACUAGUAUUUGAAAAUAUUUGUGUAAAUAAACAGGUGUUUUAUUUA